AAACGAUUAUUUUCUCUUUCUUUUCUUUAUGGAUAAUGUAUCUCAAGAAAACACUUUUGAUGUAGACAAGUUCAAUGCGCUGGUUACUCAGCUUUCUAUACAAAAGAAGAACAAGUUCUACCAGUUAUUUUCAAUCUUGAUGCCCUAUCUGAAGUUAGAAGAUUUAGUAUCAUGCUCUUUAUUAAAUCAUGCGUUUCAUGAAAAAGCAACAGCAGCUCUAUGGAAAGAGCCCAAUUUCAAGCGACUAUCACAUAUUCACGACGAGGUUUAUAUGUUCAACAAGUUUAUUUCACGCUUGUGUCAAGUAAGACAAAGUACAGCAUCUCAUGUAGUCAAAAUUGAUAUCGCUAGUAUGGAAGAAGACCUCUAUCAUCGAGUGGAUUCGAAUUUUUUUCGAGUUCUAGUCCAGUCUUGUUCUAAAGGACUCUGUGUGCUUAAUCUGUCUAAAACAAGUUUUUUUAGCCAAAAAUCAUUACCCAAAGCUGAAUGGAGUUUGCCUUAUCUCACUUGUUUGAACCUUUCUUAUUGUUCGCAGGUGAAUGAUAAUGUGCUUGUACAAAUAGCUCGUGGAUGUCGUCAAUUGAGGCAAGUUCGUUUGGAUGGUUUGACAAGACAUAAAGGAAAUGGUUUGGCGGGGUUUGCUGCUGAAUGUGACCAGCUUGAAUCUGUUUCUGUGCAAUAUAAUACAGCACUUGAAGAUCAAGCAAUUGUAGCACUUGCAAAAUUCAGACAUAUUCGACUGCUUGAGCUUGAUAUGACUGGCUGUACUAAACUAACUUCAACUGGCUUUGAAUUGCUUGCUCGUUAUGCAGCUCAUUUAAAGUACCUAUCGUUAGCACAGACAGCAUGUCACAUGCAAGUCUUGCGCAAAUUUACUUGUAUCUAUCAACAUACUUUAUCUCUGGAUAUAUCUUUAUUGAAAUCAUGUACGCGCAAAGAGCUUGCAGGAUGGAUUUCGCAGUCUUGUUUUCAAAAGCUUGUUGAUCUGAUAAUGGAUACAACAACAGCCAUUGAGAUUGUCAAAUUAUCAAAAGAUCAGCUUAUAAAUACAAGUGCAUAUCAAGUGGUUCAUCUUACAUUAAAGCAAUUGCCCGAGCACACGCCCAUGACUUUCUUGUACCAACUGAUACACCUGUUUUCUCACCUGAAGCAUGUUAAAUUUACAAGAGCUUAUUUUGAAUCCGACUUUUUACUUGGAGUUUAUCGUACACCUUCACCAACAGACGAAAUAUAUAUCACAGAUGCUGAAGUAGAAAGAUUCAAUAUGAAGCAAGACAAGGUCAUCGUUACUGUCGUUCGAGAAAGAGAAGAUGAUAUCAAUUGUAAUCUUUUAAAUUGGUAGAAUAAAAAUUUCCUUUUAUAUAUAUAUAUAUAUAUAUUUUAAAGCAAUUCGUCUUUACUAAGUUCUGGAGGUGCCAUGCUACCCUUUUCAG